AUGGCAAUGAAGUGCAAUGAGUUCUGCUUGGUUACCCGCUCCUUAUCGUCCAGGCUCCAUGUGAUGGCAGGUGUGGAGCUGGGAACCUGGACCUCCGUGCGUAGUCCCAAGAUGUUCGCCUUUGUCAAUCAUGCUUCAAGGCUUCCGGAUAUCGAUGAUAAGAAGGCAGGAAGCCUCUACUCCAAGACUGACUUGCUCAAGGCUGCUAAUGAGUUCUUCAAUGAUGCGCUUCCACGCAUGGGGUUCCAAGAGGACCAUUUUUGGACGAACAUCCGGAUAAUGCUGUGCAUUGCUUGCUGCUCCUUCGGGUGCUACGCGCAGUUUGUUCUGAAAUUUCCAAAGGACCGCUUCAUGAUCGGUGUUUGUGUUGCUGGCUACUUUUUCUUCACUGGCCUGGUGACCCUGAUUGACAUGCUUGUCAUCAAGACCUCAGUUAUUUGCAUCAAAGUCAGUGGGCAAACCGUCUUUGUCGAUGUGACCAUGCAGCCCUUCUCGCAUGAGAUGACAAUUGGUUUGAGGAAUCACGUUGGCUUGAAGAAAGACACGCCCAUCUCUCACAAGACUUCGGUCGGAGAAUACUUCGACAGCGACGGCUACUUGGGACAAGAGGAGAUUCUGGCAGCCUUUAUGAAGCUCGUCAAGCGCUUUGAAAAAGAGCAUGAUGGCAAAGAGGUUGAGAGGAAGAAGGACAAGUGA